AUGGCCCUUGCUGGAAAGAAUUAUAUACCCCUCGUUCGCCCCGACUCUCCAGGUCCUUUGACUUCUGAUUUCUUCCAACAACAAGUCGCAAAGCAACGAAACAAUAACUACCAUUCUACUUCACUCAGAAACAUGGUUGCCACAUCUGUGAAUCGCACUGCCCUCCACCCUGGCGGUGUUCAGCCCGGCAAGGGACACACUGAGCUGGAGGAGGAGCUGCACGAGACUGCCCACAUUGACUAUGACCGAGUGUCCAUUAUUGCCAACCCUGCCGUUGCUGCUCUGUACGAAGAUGCUUUGGUUUACGAGACUGGUACCGCUAUCACAUCCAGCGGUGCUCUGAGCGCCUACUCCGGUGCUAAGACUGGUCGUUCCCCCUCCGACAAGCGUAUUGUCAAGGAGGAGUCCUCCGAGAAUGAGAUUUGGUGGGGACCUGUCAACAAGCCCAUGACCCCUGAUGUCUGGCGUAUCAACCGUGAGCGUGCUGUUGACUACUUGAACACCCGUAACCGCAUCUACGUUGUUGAUGGUUUCGCCGGCUGGGACGAGCGUUACCGCAUCAGUGUCCGUGUUGUCUGUGCUCGUGCCUACCAUGCUCUGUUCAUGCGUAACAUGCUUAUCCGCCCUUCUCGUGAGGAGCUGGAGCACUUCCACCCCGACUAUGUUAUCUACAACGCUGGAUCUUUCCCCGCCAACCGCUUCACUGAGGGUAUGACCUCCGCUACCUCCGUGGCUAUUAACUUCGCCGACAAGGAGAUGGUUAUCCUGGGUACUGAGUACGCCGGUGAGAUGAAGAAGGGUGUCUUCACUGUCCUCUUCUACGAGAUGCCUGUCAAGCACAACGUCCUGACUCUGCACUCCUCUGCCAACGAGGGUGAGAACGGUGAUGUCACCGUCUUCUUUGGUCUGUCCGGUACUGGCAAGACCACACUGUCUGCCGACCCCAAGCGUAAGCUGAUUGGUGACGAUGAGCACUGCUGGACCGACACUGGUGUCUUCAACAUUGAGGGUGGUUGCUACGCCAAGUGCAUUGGUCUCUCUGGCGAGAAAGAGCCCGAUAUUUUCAACGCCAUCCAGUUCGGUUCCGUUCUUGAGAACGUUGUCUUCGACCCCGUCAGCCGUAUUGUCAACUACGAUGACGCCACCCUGACCGAGAACACUCGCUGCGCUUACCCCAUUGAGUACAUUGAGAACGCCAAGAUUCCCUGCAAGAGCGACAACCACCCCACCAACAUCAUCCUCCUGACUUGUGAUGCUCGUGGUGUGCUUCCUCCUAUCUCUAAGCUCACCCCCGAGCAGACCAUGUUCCACUUCAUCUCUGGUUACACCUCCAAGAUGGCCGGUACCGAGGACGGUAUCACCGAGCCCCAAGCUACUUUCUCUUCUUGCUUCGCUCAGCCCUUCCUUGCUCUGCACCCCAUGCGCUACGCCAGCAUGCUUGCCGAGAAGAUGAAGGAGCACAAGGUCAACGCCUGGCUCCUCAACACCGGUUGGGUCGGUGCCGGUGCCACCACUGGUGGCAAGCGUUGCCCUCUCAAGUACACCCGUGCUAUCUUGGAUGCCAUCCACAGCGGCCACCUCGCCACUGUCGACUACGAGACCUACGAGGUUUUCAACCUGCCCGUCCCCAAGACCUGCCCCGGUGUUCCCGACGAGCUGCUUAACCCCGCCAAGAGCUGGACUGCCACCACCUCUUUCUCCGACGAGGUCACCAAGCUGGGCACCCUGUUCAACGAGAACUUCAAGAAGUACUCCGACCAAGCCACCCCCGAGGUCCUGGCUGCCGCUCCUCAGGUCUAA